AUGUACUGUCGAGUCUAUGUGGUAGCCAAGAGGAUCACCAAGAACUUAGAGGCUGGGGUGAUGAAAGAAAGGAUGGACUCCAAGGAGCUAACACUCAGGAUCCACUGCAAGAAUAUGAAUGAUGGCAUGUCUAACAAUAAAAACAAAAACCAGCAGACUCGCAGCUCCUUGUCUGUGAAACUCCUUAAAUUCUCCAGGGAGAAGAAAGCUGCCAAGACAUUAGGGAUUGUGGUGGGCUUGUUCAUCCUGUGCUGGCUUCCAUUCUUCACGUCUCUACCUUUAGGUAAGCAUCAAAUAUAA